UUUUUUCGUUGUUAUUGUUGGUUUAGAUCAAAGAUUGGAAGCCGAGAAACUGAAAAGAGAUUUAGUACUAUCAGAGUGGAAGCGAGUGGCAACACUGUACCGAGUAUCGUUGUUUACGUCACUGUCCCUAACAAAGAAGCAGGAAAGAAGUUGGCUGAAAGUAUAGUUAAGGAGAAACUUGCAGCAUGCGUUAAUCGAGUGCCAGGUAUUGAAUCUGUCUAUGAGUGGAAGGGAGAGAUCCAGACAGAUUCUGAGGAAUUGCUCAUAAUCAAGACUAGGCAAUCCCUUUUGGAAGCUUUAACUGAUCAUGUCAAGGGAAACCAUGAAUACGAGGUUCCUGAAGUAAUUGCAUUGCCGAUCACCGGAGGCAAUAUCCAGUACCUGGAAUGGCUUAAAAACAGCACGAGGGACUGACUACAUGAGAAAGGUUUACUUUAAUGGGGGGCAACAACUGUUUCAUGUGUAUCCAUAUGGCUCUCUCUAUCUCGAGGAGGCAGCAUAUAAGAAUUGAAAACGUUAUCCUGAAAUAUGAGACUAAUUUUUUCUACUAGUGACCUUGUGAUUUAAGCUGUGCAUUUUUCUUUUAGUCUUGUUAUGUAAGUUGUGCAUAUUUGCGUUAAAUGAAUUGGCUUCUCCUACUGAUAAGCCAUUAUCAUCUCA